AUGGCGACGACAGCAGCAGAUGCAGCGAGCGAGGGCCUGAGCUUCAUCGUCGUGGGCGCCUCCGUCGCGGGGCUCGCCAGCGCCAUCGCGCUGUCCGACGCGGGGCACCGCGUGCGCGUGCUCGAGGCCGCGGCCGCGCUCGGCGGCGGCGCGGCGGUGCCCGGCUGCGCGCGCGUCCCGCCGAACGCGUACAAGAUCCUCGCGGGGUGGGGCCUCGAGGACGCGCUGAGGCAGGUGGCGGUGGAGAACGCGGGCUUCGGGGUGUACAAGUAUGCGAGCGACCUGCCCGGCGGCGCGCGCGACCUGAUGGGGCUGAACACGUGGGACCCGGAGCUGCUCGAGGACGCGCGCGGGACGUUCAUGUUCACGACGCACGCCGCGCUCCUGCGGCUGCUGUACGCGCGCGCGCAGUCGCCCCGCGUCGAGAUCCGCUUCGGCGCGGCUGUGGCCGCCGUCGACGGCGCGGCGGACGCGCCGAGCGUCACGCUGAGCAGCGGCGAGGUGAUACGCGGCGACGCGGUGAUAGGCGCGGACGGCGCGCGGGGCGUCGUGCGCAGGAUGCUGCUUGAUGCGGAGGAGGUGCCGCGCGGCGAGGAGGAGGAGGAUCUGGGGAUGACGAUAUAUUGCUCCGUGGUCCCCCACGCGCUCGCCAAAGAACACCGCGAGCUCGACAGCUUCUACGAGUUCCCGGAGAGCACCGUGUCGAUGGGCUCGGGCGUCGGCGCCGUCACGGACAUGGACGAGAACCGUGACUUGUUUUUCUUCCUCUACACGCCCUCGCCCGCCCUGGCCCACUCCGGCACGUGGACGGCGCCGGCCCCGGCGUCGAUGGCCGAGGUUAUCGCCGACGCGCCGUCCGACGGCCCGCUAAAACUGCUCGCCUCCCUCGCCGGGCCGACCAUCGCGCUGCCGUACACCACGCCCUACGACCUCGAGUCCUGGGUCUCCGAGAGCGGACGCGUGCUCGCUCUCGGCGAGGCCGCGCACCCGCUGCCCGCCUGCGCACUGCACACGUACUCGCUCGCGCUCGAGGACGCGCUCUUCCUGGGGCGCGUGUUCGGGCACACGGCGGCGCCGGGCCGCGUCCCCGAGCUGCUGUACGCGUUCGAGGAGCACCGCCGCGCGCGCUGCGCGUCCAUCCGCGGGAUCGACGCGGCGUACAUCGGGAUGAUCACGACGCCGGACGGGCCGGCGCAGGCGGGGCGCGAUGCGAUGAUGCGCGCGAACGCGGCCGCGGGAAGGAACGUGUUCCAGGCGGAGGGCGACAUGCAGGAGAUGCUCGACGAGACACGGAUGGUGUUCAGCUACGACGCCGCAGACGACGCGGACGAGUGGUGGGUGUCGUGGGGGCGCUAUCGGGAGCGCGCGGCGUCGAUGAGCAUGCCGCAGGAGGAGGAGUGA